AGUGUACUUUCAUAACUCCAUCUUGAUGUAGAUAUACUAUGUAGGAUUAAAUUGGACGCAAACUGCUUCUGAUAUAUUUUAUAUGGUAUCGAUCUAUUGAAUUGUUUCAGCGUUGCACAAUGUCUACAUUCACGCGUCUAGUCCGCUUCCUGGCCAAGGAUGGUCAAAUAUACUAUGGCGACGCCAUCCUUCCCUCCGGAAAGGCUGAUAUCUCUCAAAUCACAAAAGCCAGAGUCAUCAAGGGAGAUAUAUUCGGAGAGCACCAGGUCACAGAUCAGGUUGCCGAAGUCAAGCUCCUUCUAGCGCCAUUGGCUCGCUCCGACAUCAAGACAGUGCGAUGUUUGGGAUUGAACUAUGAGCAACAUGCGAUAGAAUCCAAUGCACCCAUUCCUAAAUACCCUGUUUUGUUCUACAAACCCGUUACAUCAAUUGCCGGGCCGAAUGAUGACAUCCCUGUUUCGUAUAUGGCUCAAGAAGGGGAAGGGCUGGACUAUGAAUGCGAGCUUGUCGUUGUCAUUGGCAAGGAAGCAAGAGACGUUUCGGAGUCAAAAGCCCUAGACUAUGUAUUGGGAUAUGCGGUUGGCAAUGACGUUUCUCAUCGCGACUGGCAGAUCAAGAAAGGUGGUGGCCAAUGGUCAUUGGGGAAGGGGUUUGAUGGUUGGGCACCCUUUGGACCGGGUAUUGUUUCGUCGAAACUGAUCCGUGAUCCAAAUACGCUGGACAUUUCUACGAAACUUAAUGGGAAGAUUGUCCAGUCGUCAAACACGAAGGAUCAGAUCUUUGGUGUUGCAAAGACCAUUGCCUUCAUUUCUCAGGGCACUACAUUGUUACCUGGAGAUGUUAUCUUCACCGGAACUCCUCAGGGUGUAGGCAUGGGCAGGAAACCCCAGCUUUGGUUGAAAGAUGGUGAUCACGUUGAAGUGUCUCUCCAGGACGUUGGAACGUGCUCCAACCGUGUAAUCUUUGACAAGCCCACUGCCAAACUUUAGAUUGUUGAUUGAAAGCGGGUAGCUAUUAAUUCGAUAGCAUGAUUAUUUUGCAAACUCUGAGGUAAUGGGUCAACCGGCAGAAUCAUAAUAGUAUUUCUAUCAAAAACCGUAGCCAUCCCAUAUACAUUCUCAAUCCUAGUUCACCUGUGUGCCAUAUCCACGGAUGGCCUCAGCAAAUGCCCAGCUUUGCGAUUCUAACUUUUCCUUGUUCUUGACCUCAACGCCAUCCUUAGUGAUAACUGCAAGUGUGUAUUGAUCCAAGCUUCGGGCAUCUCUGUAGAACAAGACUCUCAUGCAAUCUCUCAAAGCUUGAAUGGCUUGCUCCUUUGAGAUAUUCUCGAUCGGCGUAUCCUCCGGGAAAAGACGACGAAGGAUGGGGACGGCUAAAUGAGCACCAAACCCGGUUGCAAGGUGAGGCCCGCUGAAGGUAGUUCCGAGCAAAUCGGCAGAGCUGAGGAAGGGGCUGCCAUCGCUAUCGAAUCCUGCAACCAGUAUGUGGUUCCACAAAGGGUUCAUCUCAGAUCGACGUUUGUAGAAAACCUUGGCAAGGUAAGUGUGUAGAUUCUUGGCAUUGAGUGUGCUGCCGGUAGCUGUGUAGUUCUCUCGGAUCUGAAUAGAGCCCAACAGACGGUCGAUGUACUGCAUGUCGGACACGUCACCACCAAAGCCCACGAUAGCCGCAUCAUCGAAGGUACGAAUACGGUUUACAUCGGUGAACCGAGCGAGUGAUCCGUAGGAUGCU